AUGAUCAAUGCACUACAUACCAGGGAAGAUGCAUUGUUGUCAUAUGCAAUUCCGGUGAACCCCAGAUUGAGCGAUAGGACAGGCUUAUUACAUGACACGGAUGGAGAUGGGGAAGAGCAUGAGCCCGCAACAGGACCGGACUCGCUUCCGAAGGAUCUUGGCAUUAUCUUGAUUUCUGCAAUGUGGCCCGCACUUUUUAUUUGCCUGUGUUUGACCGUCAAGCGGCCACAAAUUGGUUUUGGACAUAUUCACUACUCGCCUGACUUCUUAAGAUCUGGAAUGGCCAUGGACCCAGAUAUUGUGCUUCACAUGCUAACAGGAGCAAUUGUCGGCUGGGGCAUCUCAUCACCCUAUUCCAAGGCAAAAGGAUGGGCCCCAGGCGACGUGGGCGGUUGGGAGACUGGCAAUCGCGACUGGCUGAUAUGGAUCAGUCUUCCAUGUCUGAUGGCAGACACGCUUGCCAAGAUGAUCUGA